UCUCAUCAUCUACUUUCUCUUUCUCUCUCAAUAGAUAUAUGUAGCCUACCACUGCAACCUCGGUUGAAGAAGACGGUAACAGCGUGAGCAAUGGCCAGCAUGACCACCACAGCAGUCACCAUCCCCUCCUUCACCGGUCUCAAGGCAACCGCCGCAAGGUCCGGCGCCAUCGUUGCCGUGGCGAGCCCCAGGGCGAAGGUGGCCGGCGUGUCCGCGAGGGCCUCCCUCAAGGAGGUGAAAGUGGCGGCCGUGGCCGCGGCCGCGGCCGCCAGCGCGCUGCUCGCGACGGGCAACGCGCUGGCCCUCGAGGUGCUGCUGGGGGGCAACGACGGGUCGCUGGCCUUCGUGCCAGGCGAGUUCAGCGUGGCCGCCGGGGAGGCGAUCGUGUUCAAGAACAACCAGGCCUUCCCCCACAACGUCAUCUUCGACGAGGACGAGAUCCCCAAGGGCGUCGACGCCGCGGCCAUCUCCAUGAGCGAGGAGGACCUACUCAACGCCCCCGGGGAGACCUACUCGGUGACCUUGAACGAGAAGGGCACCUACACCUUCUACUGCUCGCCGCACCAGGGAGCAGGAAUGGUCGGAAAAGUCACAGUCAACUGAUGCCUAGUCUGCCACCGCCGCCUCUCCUUUCCUCUCCUCUCCUCUCCUCUUCUCUUCUGUGUCAAAUGGAAGAAGAAUUCGAGUAGUGUUUUGCUCACUACUCAUCUGUAUAUUUGUCUUGACAUUUAUUAUCAAUAAUAAUUCUGUUGUAUGAAGCUAUCUUCUGAUGAAAAA